AUGUCUUCCAAGUGGAGAGAUUGUGCUACACGGGAUGGGAUAUACAGUUUUUCUACGUUUACUGGGCAUAUCGACAAACCGGAUCUCGACGACAGGGAUUAUAGACUUGUUGACCUCAACAAUGGCUUACGAGCGAUAGUCAUACACGACGAUACAGCGGACAAAGCUGCCGCAUGCGUCACGGUUCAAGUCGGAGCCAUGCAUGAUCCGGAUGAUGUGCACGGCCUGGCACAUUUUCUAGAACAUAUGAUAUCCAAAGGCUCGGAGCUAUUCCCUGAAGAGAACGAUUUCUUGUCGUACAUCUCCUCCAAUGGCGGUGCGCGCAACGCAAGUACUGGGAGCUCCCAGAUGGAUUAUUGGUUUUCCAUCGGAGCUGCUCACCUUCCUGGUGGUCUCGCUCGCCUUGCUGCCUUCUUUCACUGCCCUCUAUUUACUGAAUCCCUCACAAAGCGCGAAAUAUACGCAGUCGACUCAGAGUACAGAAAGAACAUCCAAAACGAUGUGCGAAGGGUCCUUCAAAUCAACAGGACUCUUAGUGCACCGGAGCACCCGUACUCAAAGUUCAGCACGGGAUGUGUUGAGAGUAUAACCGCAGCUGCGAGAAAGCUUCAGGCAGAGACACAAGGAGACGGCGAAAGCACAGACGAGAGUUCUGUGUGGACAGAGACGCGCAGACGAAUGGUAGAGUGGUGGAAACAGGAGUAUUGCGCCGGUCGCAUGACAUUGGCUGUUCUAGGGAAGGGUGAGAAAACCUUCUGCUUCUAUGCGUUGUAUAACUCGUUCCUCACCGUAUAUGUAGAAUCUCUUGAAGAGCUCACGCACAUGGUGGUCUCACUGUUCUCCCCUAUCUCGAACCGUGGUCUGGAUCCGCGUCCCGUGUCUACACAACCUGUCUGGGGGCCUAAUGAGAUGGGCUCCAUCAUCUUCAUCAAAACGGUGAAAGACUACUACUCGUUGACCCUGACCUUCAUGAUUCCAGAUCAGCGGCCACAUCUGGACACUCAGCCCGCAUUCAUGAUUUCUCAUUUCCUGGGACACGAGGGGCCCGGAAGUGUGUAUGCGUAUCUGAAGAAGAAAAACUGGCUCAUCAGCAUCUCAACGGGUGCAGAGUGGCGGAAUCCGAGCGUGCAGCAGCUCAAGGUGUCCGUCAGACUCACGAAGGAAGGAUACGGACACUACAAGGACGUCUUACUCACGAUUUACAAUUAUCUCUCGCUCCUGCGUUUGUCCCCAUCACCCUUCCCCCUGUACCACUUCACGGAGGCGCACACCAUAGCUCUCCUCCACUUCCGCUUCCGCGAGCGCGGGCAACCGCACUCGUACGUCCAAGGCCUCUCUGCGCAGCUCGCCGAGCCACAUGCACCUGAGCAUGCGGUGAGCGGUACGUCCAUCCUGCGCGCUUGGGACGAGGCCGCGUUCAAGGCGAUCCUCGCCGUGUGCACGCCUGAAAAGGGGCGUGUCACGCUGCAGGCACGGGAGCAUCUCGAGGUGAUUGUGGGUGCUGACGCAAAAUGGGAGAAGGAGCGGUGGCUAGGUGGGGAGUAUUGCGUGCAGAGACUGGAUGCUGGAGUAAUGGACAAGGCGAAUCUGCCCAACGAGAAUCCUGGACUGCAUCUACCACAGGCGAAUCCAUUCAUACCGACGAACCUCUCAGUGGACCGUGUUCAGGUCUUGGAACCCACGAGAGCGCCAUCCUGUAUUCGCAGGACGCCGAUAUCUACGCUCUGGCAUAAGAAGGAUGAUCAAUUCUGGGUACCCAAAGCUAUCGUCAAUGUAGAGAUCAAGAGUCUAUUAGCCUACGGAACUCCUCGGCAGGCACUCCUUACACGCAUCCUUGCUGACCUUGUAGAUGACGCACUUGCCGAGAUAACCUAUGCCGCCCAUCUUGCUGGGCUUUCGUAUGGCUUGUCAAACACCGCGAAGGGCAUUUGUGUCCAUGUCAGCGGGUACAACGACAAACUUUCUGUUCUUUUGAACAUGGUGCUUGAAAAGCUGAAAGAUAUACAAGUCGACAGCGAGCGAUUGAAGGUUAUGAUGGAGCAGGCGAGUUUAAUCAUGAGAGAAUAUGAAAAUUUCUACCUGGGACAGCCGUCAGGCCUAUCGAAGACAUUGGGAGGAUGGGCAUUAAUGGAAAAGGUCUGGACGCCUGCGGAAAAACUGGCAGAAUUCGACUUCGUAGAAGUGGGUGACGUUCAACGCCACAAGGAAGAGCUAUUAUCCAAAACCUACAUCGACAUGCUGGUCAGCGGUAAUGUAUCGCAGGAGGAGGCCAUUGUGCUCGCACGACACGUUGAGCAGUGCCUCUCUGCUCGCCCGCUGUCCUUGAGCGAGCAUCCGUGCCGCCGGGCUCUCGCCUUACCUGACAGCACGAACGUCAUAGUCCGCAGGACGCAUUCCAAUGCACAAGAGACGAAUUCUAGCCUGGCCUACUUCUGCCAGUUUGGACACGUUGCAGAUGCUUUGCUCCGCCCUGUGAUGGAACUCAUUGGACACAUCAUGAAGGAACCUGCAUAUUCCGAGCUGCGCACGAAGGAACAACUUGGCUAUGUCGUGCUCGCCGCGACCACCACCAUUUCAACUUCUAUAUGUCUGUACGUUAUGAUCCAGAGCACUCACGCGCCCUGGUAUCUCGAAGAUCGCGUGGACACCUUCUUCGCAACUCUGCGCGGGACUCUCUCCACGAUGUCCCCAGAGGACUUCACAUAUAAGAAACAAGGGCUCAUUGUGAAAAAGCUCGAACGCGUGAAGAAUCUACGAGAAGAGACCGGGAGGUUCUGGGCGCGGAUUGAUGCCGGCGAUUGCGACUUCUUACGGGCCGAUAAGGAUACCGCCGCCAUUCAAGCACUUUCUAUAGACGAAUUGCUCGCAGUCUACGACCGUUUGAUCCUCCCGUCGGCUGCGCGUAAGAAGGUAUCGAUACAUCUCCUAUCUCAGCAACUGAGGGAAGUUCCUCCUCAAACGGAACGCCCUGGUGCUCUUGUUAUUGCCGAGGGACAGGAUCCAGAGCUAGCGCUCUUCAAGAGGAGCAUGCCAUCCCAUUCAGCAGCAGUGCCCGUGGAUCAGAUGUCGUCGUUAUCGGCAUCGACACAGCAGCCUGCUAUACGAUUGGAGAAGGCUUCUUUAUGA